AUGAAUCAGCAAGAAGAAAAAAGACCUGCGCCACCGAAAUGGUUGCCGCAUCUCGAGGAAACUCGAAAGAAAAUCGAAAAACGUCGAAAAGAUGAGAGUAAUAGAACAACUUCGAUUCUCGACCCGAUUUUAAGACCAAGUGCACGUUUUUCACAGCCGAAAAUGGAGAAAAAUCCGUUUAAAGUGAGUUUGAAAUAUGGAAUAUUUUUACAAAUCAUUUUUUUCAGAGAAGAUACAGGCAAGUUCAAAAAGCUGGAAUUUUCGCGCAUGUCAAAACUUCGAACAGAGUUAUCAAAAAAUUAGAUGAAUUGGAAGAAGAAUUUAAAGGAGAAGAAGAAAAAAGAGAAGAGCCAAUAGAGAAAAAGAUCAAAGCUUCUCCACCACCGCUUCUCAAACAAAAUUCCGACGCUGAAACCGAUGUUUCAAAAGUCGAACAAAUAUUGGAUAAUUUCUCAAGAAAACUCGACAAUCUCGAGUUAUCCGAACUUCCGAUUCAUGGCGAAGAGCUAUUUUUGAACAAUUUGGAAUUCGGAAUACUUCAACGAAUUUUGAAGGAGGAGCCGGAAGUGCCAAAAUUACCGAUUGCUGAAAUAAUAUCACAUAAAUCGGCGUGGCUGUUGAAUUCGGAAGAUUUCCAUGAUACCAAGGAUUAUCUACCAAAUGAUCCGUUUUUCUAUGAAGAAGAGGUUGCGAGGUACCUAAGAGUUUGUCUAGAUUUCGAAAAAAAAUCAAUAAUUUCCAGCAACUUUGAUGCAUAUCAAGCUUCCAUCGAACCCAUUUUAAAAAUCCCACCACCAGAAUCUGCUGGAGAUUCCGAAGAAAUCAAUUAUUUCAACUUGUCAUCUGACUCUGAAUCAGAUAAAAUCUACCAAAAAAUCAUGCAAGACACGGGAAGGAAAGAGAUCAAAGAGGAAUAUGAUUCCGAAGCUGGAAACCCUGUCGAAGAUCAAGAUCAGGAAGAUAAUUUCAAUGUUUUUGGAAAUUUGCCAAGUUGCUCAACUGCGCAAGGAGAAUCAGAGGAAAUCCCGUGGCAAAUUUCUGAUUCGCAGAAUAUUUUCAAUUUUGGAAAUUUGGAAAAGGAGGGGUAG